AUGUGCGGGUGCGCGGCGGCGAUCGCGCGGGCGGUCGUGGACUUCCUCGACGCCGUCCUCGUCGCCUGCUUCCGCUCCUGGUUCCGCACCGGCCCCGUCGCGGCCCACCGGGAUCCGCCCGUGCACAGGGAUCGGCUCGGAGGGGUGCUCUCGGACGAGGAGAAAGGUUUUGGAACGAGCAAAGGGUCGGACGAGCAUUUGGGAGAUGAUCGUGGCAUCGACAAUCAGCUCAGGCAAGAGACAGCACAUGUCUCAUUUUUUAUUCCUUGGAGAAGACGUAAAUUGAUUUUCCAUGUUUCUCUUAAAUCUACCCUGGCAGAUUACCUCAAGUUAUGUGGCACAAUAUCUCAAACCCCGGCUGAACUCCAAAAUGCUUCACCUGAUAUUAAUUUGGAAAUCGCUAAUGAGGUGGGGAAAAUAUCUGGAAUAGGAGCAACAUCAGUAUCUGAAUUUAAUUCAUCUGAAUGCUUCAAAUGUGAGGAGGAUCAUACUUUGAUGACUGAAAUUGAAGUUCCACGAGUUGAAUCAGUUGAUUCGGUUCCUCAAUCAGUUCUCCGUGAGAAGUCGCCAUUUUGGAGCAUCAAAAACAGGUUUUCUGGUUCCAGUGGCUCACCCUGCCCGACACCUUUGGUUCUCAGCGAUGAUAUGCAGACGCCUGGAACAAUUUAUACUUCACAUACAGGGUCUUCUAUGUCUAGAAAGCGUGUGCGCACCCGCAAACAGUUUGUCUAUCCUGUCUUGAGACCCAUAGAGAACAGGCUUCAUCCGAUGGAACUGACAGGAGAUUCUCUACCAAUGCUUCCCUCGAAUACGCCUAGACAGAUAAAUUCGAGAGCAGAUUAUGUCAAGAAACCGCACAAGACCUCUUCAAAUUCAGUGGCUAAGGUGGGAUUUUCAAAAUCUCCACCAAUCUGUUUUCCCAAUGAGAAUGCUCUGUGCCAAGAAAAAGAAACACACUCUCCUGAGGAGUUGAAGUACCAAAUCAGCAGCCCAAAGUCUAAUUCGGAUGAAAAGCAUGCUGCAUUGAGCCUGGCUCACUGGCUUAAACCUCCAUCCCCAGAAGGUGAGAAUCAAGGUGCUGUCCGUUCACCAGCUUCCGACAAAUUGCAUGAUGAGAACGCACCUAUGAUGAGUCCUGUCUUUACAUCAGCUUCUGAAAUGAACACAGAUGUUGAGAAUCCUAGUCCAGAAUUAUGCAAGGCAUGGGAUGGCAACUGCAUUCCAAACACAACUACUAAGUACAAGGAGGAUCAGAAGGUCAGCUGGCAUGCCACACCAUUCGAGGAAAGGUUGCUGAAGGUUCUAUCUGAUGAACCUAACCCUCCAAGAAAACUUAUCAGAGGAAACCUGUUCCAUGUCGAGGAAACUUGCUAG